AAACGUUUGUCUAUCCUCUUCAAAUUAUUCUCUAAUUAAGUUAACCGAAAGUUGUCAGCAAGUUGAGAGAAUGACAGCCCUUUAUAACUACUCCAACACUCAGGGCCCCUACCGGCCCAUAUGGAGGUCAUUCGAGACGUGCAAGGGUCCAAAACAAGGCGAUUGCGGCAAUGUGGAAAUUCGAAACACUCAGAACAUGUCCGAUGUCAUUUUUUAUUUGGACUUUCCCAAAGAUUGUCCAGUAACAAAGGCAAGAGUAACUGCGGGAUCAGUGCAAAAAAAUAACAUCACAAAGAAAAUGCUUAACUACGCUUUGGAAAAACCUUGCCAACACUUCGUUUUAGGCCCCAUACUAGUAGAUGCAUUCAACUUAAGUAGUGCUUGUAAAAUUAAAAAGGGGCAGUACACGGUCCAUGUUGAUAUGCGGGAAAAAUGUAGAAUGUUCCUGGGGUCGAACUUCUUCUACGGCAUUUACACAUUCAAAGUAUUGGCAUUUAACAACGUCAACAAUUUUUUCUGUGUUAAAACUGAAUUAGAAGCUGGAAAGCUAUAAAGCGAAUAUUGCGUCACUUGAAGAGUAAAAUAUUGUCUUAUAGAAUUUUAUUGUCAUUGCCUUUUCCCGAAAAAAUGUUGGGUCGAAUUUUCAUGAUAUCAUAGUUCGUUUAAUGGAAGCGGAAGGUGGGGGGCACCGCACCGCCGCGUGGGAAUAGGGUGGGACGAAUUGGCAAAUUUGAUAGCAGCA